CCAGUUGGCGAGGUUAGAACUGUGAGCCGCGGAGACGGCGCCUGAGACCCGAGAGGAGGCGAGCGCCGCUGUCGCAAACGGAGCUGUCCUUUAUUUUACUAGUGCUGAAUUGUGGAUUUUGAUCGACAUUUGCCUGCGGAUUUUUUGUGCUCUUUCAAAGGAAUUAUCACGUUGGUGAACUUCAGUCUCAGAGCUACACAUUUUUAUUGAUUGAAAAGCCGAAAAUAAAGAGUGCAUUUGGGCUCAUUAUUACCUGCAACUGUGGUUUUCAACUCGUUGGAGAAUUUCUUUCCCCUGGAUUACUUUGAAAGUGCUCUGUCAGGAAAAGACCAAUGAAGACACUUAAACAGUGGUCAGCACUUUUAUUAUUGGGAUUUGCCUUACUGGGAAUACAAGCAAGACCAAGCAAGGAUGAAUAUGCUCCGAAACCCUAUCAGCCUCUAGUGAGACUGAGACACAAGCAAGAUGGAAGCUCAGACAGCAUACACACUAAUGGCUAUGUCCAUCUAGAAGAUCAUGUGGGAGCAUGUGAAAAUAAAUACUGUGGUUUGGGCCGGCACUGUGUCAUCAACAGAGAAACCGACCAAGGAGAGUGCGCUUGCUUGGAACGCUGCAAGCCCCAUUACAAACCCGUGUGUGGAUCGGAUGGUGAACUCUAUGAAAACCACUGUGAGCUGCAUCGGGCCGCGUGUGUUAAGAAGCAGAAGAUAACGAUUAUUCAUAAUGAAGACUGCUUCUUUCAAGGUGACAAAUGUAAGACAAUUGAAUAUGAUAAAUUAAAAUUUAGAAUGCUGGACCUACAGAAUCAAAAAUAUGUCAAAGAAGGAGAAGAGGAAGACAGUGAAGAGAAGACAUCCUUGAAGAAACUCCUGGUAGAUCAGAUGUUCAGAUAUUUUGACUCAGACAACAGCGGGCUGGUAGACAGCAGUGAAUUGUCACAGGUAAUAAAACAAGAAGGACUGGCCAAUGAUUUUGCUGACUGUACUUUAUUUGAUCUGCUGAAAUACGAUGACUAUAAUGGAGAUAAACAUCUAUCAAAAGAAGAAUUCUACAGAGCAUUUGAAGUGCUUCAGUUAAGUUUGCCUGAAGAUCUGAAAGUGAGCAUAACCACUACCACUGUGGGUCAAAGUGCGGUGCUGGCAUGUGCAAUUCAGGGUUCACCAAGGCCUCCAAUCGUAUGGAAGCGCAAUAACAUCAUGCUGAACUCCUUGGACUUGGAAGACAUAAACGAUUUUGGAGAUGAUGGGUCUCUCUACAUCACCAAGGUUACAACGACCCACAUGGGUAACUACAGCUGUCAUGCAGAUGGCUAUGAGAAGCUGUACCAGACGCACAUUCUUCAGGUGAAUGUUCCUCCUGUCAUCCAGGUUUACCCGGAAAGCCAAGCCAGAGAGCCAGGUGUAACAGCAAGCCUCAGGUGCCAUGCAGAAGGCAUCCCCAAUCCUCAGCUGACUUGGCUCAAAAAUGGCAUUGAUAUAACCCCAAAACUGUCAAAGCAACUUACUCUGCAAGCAAAUGGAAGUGAAGUGCACAUAAGCAAUGUACGAUAUGAAGAUACAGGAGCCUACACGUGCAUAGCAAGGAAUGACGCCGGAGUAGAUGAAGACAUAUCUUCAUUGUUUGUGGAAGAUUCUGCAAGAAAAACACUUGCAAACAUACUAUGGCGAGAAGAAGGUAUUGGAAUUGGAAAUAUGUUUUAUGUAUUCUAUGAAGAUGGAAUCAAGGUCAUUCAGCCAAUCGAAUGUGAGAUUCAGAGACAUAUAAAGCCUAGUGAAAAUCUUCUUGGACUCCAGGAGGAAGUCUGCCCAAAUCAUGACAACAGUACAACACAGAAAUGCAUCUGGGCAUCAGCGGUGAACGUAAGAGACAAGUUCAUCUAUGUGGCACAGCCAACCCUGGACAGAGUUCUUAUUAUAGAUGUCCAGUCCCAGAAAGCUGUACAGACUGUGAGCACCGAUCCGGUUCCUGUUAAACUGCACUAUGACAAAUCCCACGAUCAAGUCUGGCUUCUCAGCUGGGGAGACAUGGCAAAAACAAGACCAACCCUUCAGGUGAUAAAUCGGGCUAGUGGAAGUAUGAUGCACCACACCAUUCAUACACAACCAGUUGGCAAGCAGUUUGAUAAGGUGGAUGAUUUCUUCAUUCCAGUCACAACUCUCAUCAUCAACCAUAUCAGGUUUGGAUUCAUUCUUCACAAAGAUGAACAGGCGCUCCACAAAAUUGACCUUGAGACUACAUCCUACGUGAAGAAGAUAAGCCUGAAAGACUACAAUUGUGUACCAAAAUCAUUAGCGUACACCCACCUGGGAGGGUAUUACUUUAUUAACUGCUGGCCCGACACGACCAAUGCCAUCAAACCUCAGCUCAUUGUAGACAGUGUUACCGACGCUGUGAUCGGCUACAAUAACGAUGUCACUGGCACUCCACACGUGUCCCCUGACGGACACUACCUUGUCAGCAUUGAUGACCAGAAAGGCCUCAUGAGAGUUCAGUCGAUUACCAUCCGAGGAGAGAUUCAAAACGCCUUUGACAUCCAUACUAAUCUGCACAUCUCCGAUGUGGCAUUCCAACGCUCGUUCACAGAGGCCCACGAGUACAAUGUGUUUGCUAGUUCAGGUCUGCAGACAGACGUACUGUACGUGGAGUUAUCCACCGGCAAAGUCAAGAUGGUCAAAAGUCUGAAGGAACCCAUUAAAGGAAGCGAAUGGCCCUGGGAUGGGAAGAACCGCAUGAUCAUGAGCAGCGGGCUUUUUGGUCAGUACCUAAUGACGCCUUCACGAGAAUCCGUCUUCAUCCUUGACGGCCAGCUAAGCAAGCUAAACUGUGAAAUAACGGAUGUCUUGAAGGGCAAUACAGUGAUGUGGGUUGGGGAAGUGUAAACGUUGCCUGUAGCUUGUAAUUUAAGGGAAACCAAUGCACUUAGUAUGCUCUUUACUGUACAACCCUUUCUUUUCUGUCUGCAUACUAUUUACAGUACAUUUAUAAUCUGUUUAGCUGGAAUAAACCAAAAGUCUUAACCCUGGGCACAGUGCCCUCAUGUGGAAACAAUAACGUGAGAAAUAGAUUCUUUGAUUUGAUUU